UUUCUAUCAAGUCGUUUGGAUCUUUCAACGCCCGUUUCUGGAAUAAGUGGCUUGAUAGGCUCUUCGGCCAGCGAACUCAUCCAACUGCGACAAGCCAAUCAAGAAUUAUCUGGAAAAUUGCAGCAUUUGCAGGCAAUGAUAGAAGAACGAGAAGAUCGCCUUCGUAGUCUUGAAAAGCAGAACGCCCUUCUGGUCAGAUUUUUUCAAUAA